AUGCCGGUCGAAUUACCCAUUGAUACGUUAAACAAAUCUUCGUCGGAAAUUGUCUUUAGAAGAAAAAAUAAUGCUCUAUUCAAAAAACUAGCGCGAAAGACUCACUUCAAUUUGAGAGAAGUCGAAGCGUUAGCUGUUAUACACAGGAAAAUAACGCAAACUUUGGGUCCCAUGACAAGAUCGGUGUUUAGAGACGUUUUACAUUCUGGUUUGGAUUUUACUGAAAAUAUUCGACACUUGUACAUUGAUAGAAUUUUUGCUACGUUUGACAAGAAAAAUGUCUUACAAAUUCAUCUGGAACAAUGGAUUGAAGGACUUUCUAUAAUUCUUCGCGGCAAUUUAAACGAGAGGAUACACUUUGCUUUUAAUAUAUACGAUUUUUGGCAUACCAACAAAUUAAAAAAGGAGCACAUAUUUCCGUCAAUGCGCGGUUGCCUUAUUAAAUUACAAACAGACGAAGAUGCUGAUGAUGGUGUCAAGGAUUUGAUUGAUUCACUGAUGAAAAAAGUCGACAUUGAUCGCGACGGUGUAAUAUCCGAAGAGGAAUUUCACAGGGCUAUAAAAGAAAGAAAUCUACUACUGCUGGAAUGUAUGGGACCAGUGUUUCCAUCUAGAGAAGCGCGACGAACAUUUCUGAGCACAUUUACGGAUCGCCUUGGACAAUUUUGACUCAUAUGUUUUACGAAACAAGUGUCCUUUGUAUAAUUGAAUACUCAAUAACAUCGAUCGUGACCCUCGUUUUGUCAAAUCUGUAAUCUGUAAUAUAAUAAAAAUACGUGUAUACAAUAACCUCGUAUGAAUGAUAUUGCCAAGAGCUAUUCAAGCUAGAAACCUAAAAGUGCAUCCCGAUGCAAUAGACAGGAAAACGCGCUAAAUCAGACAGAAAAAGAUCCUCCCAGACGAGCAACGCUCCAGUAAGUUUUCUAGAUCGUCGACGUAACGUACGGCUUUUAUGAUUCAUCGAACGAUGGCAAUUGACUCGUCCGUUUUCUUCGCAAACAAUCGUUAAUGGACCGCGAUAAUACCGCAUCCUAAUCGCAUCAGUCUGCAUCCGCGAUACGAUCGUCAAGCGGGUGAAUCGAAUCGAUCGCUCCCAUGAUCGCUCGAUCGGUGAGCUCGCGCGAUCGUCAUAAAUCUUAUUACUAUAAUCAUGAAUAGAUGAUCGAUCCAUAUAUCCGCGUGUUAUUUAUCAUGACUUAUCGAUCGACGAUCGCGACUGCGUUAUUAGUUAUAUAUCGUAAAAAUGUUGCGAGAUGGAGGAUGAUACGAAUCUUAAAGUGCGAAGGAAAAGAGAAAGGGUAUCUGUCAAGGAUAAAUCAGCUGUGUUCCUCUCUUGUAAGGAUCGCAUGAGGUCCACCUGCUCCGCGAUCUCUCGAU